ACGUUGACUUGUUUCGUCGCCUUGACACGAGGGGUUUGGUCUACUGUGUUUUAUUUCUACAGAAAAUAGAAAUGGGGAAACAGAAGAAGCAGAAAUAUGCUGCAGUGAAAAGGAUGAUAAGUUUAAGAGAUCACAGAAUAAAGGAGAAGGAUCGACAAAAAACAGAGAAAAAGAAGAAAGUAGAUCCAGCAGCCAUCAAAGAAGAAGAAGUGCCAAAGUAUCCAUCGUGUAUGUUCUUCCAGUACAACACUCAGCUCGGUCCUCCCUAUCACAUUCUCGUGGACACAAACUUCAUCAAUUUCUCCAUCAAGGCCAAACUGGAUGUAGUUCAGUCAAUGAUGGACUGCCUCUAUGCUAAAUGUAUUCCCUGCAUCACAGACUGUGUCAUGGCUGAGCUGGAGAAACUUGGGAUGAAAUACAGAGUUGCUUUGAGAAUAGCCAAGGACCCUCGUUUUGAACGCAUGCCAUGCUCACAUAAGGGAACAUAUGCUGAUGACUGCUUGGUCCAAAGAGUAACUCAGCAUAAGUGUUACAUCGUGGCCACAGUGGACAGAGACCUGAAAAGGAGAAUUCGGAAAAUCCCAGGAGUCCCGAUCAUGUACAUCUCUAAUCACAGGUAUAACAUUGAACGAAUGCCGGAUGAUUACGGUGCACCAAGAUUAUAGUACCAUCAUGAUGAAAGUGAUCUAACGUUUCAGUCUUGUUUUGGAUUCCAUAAUAAAAUCAGAGCAUUGUUUUCUCAAGUAAUUUAACAUUUUUGCACAUUUGGCUUUCUCAAUGCCUUUUUUUUCAUUUAUACAACAAAAUACAGUUAUUUGGCUAAAUGAAAAUAAAGUAAUGUGAAUAA